GGGGGCUGAUCUGCACGGGAGACAGAGUUGAACGCAACCCCUGCCCGUUGUCUGCAGCCGGCCAAGUUCAUUAACUCUCCAGGUGGCAGCGGUCUGGCGUAGCCUUGGUUCACGCAUCAAGGUUGCAGACAUGCCGAAUCUAAAGCUGAUAACUGCGACGGACACACAGUAUCCAGCAGUGGUCUUGAAGUCCUUGAAUGAGCAACGAAAUCAUGGAUUAUUUUGUGAUAUCACCAUUAUCAUACAGGACAAGAAAUUCAGAGCUCAUAGAACAAUCCUCUCUGCUUCAAGUUCAUAUUUUCACAAGCUUUUCAGUGUUGCUGGACAAGUGGUUGAGUUGAACUUCAUGAAGCCAGAGAUAUUUGAGCAGAUUCUCAACUAUAUUUACAGCUCCAAGAUUAUUCGUGUUCGUUCUGACAUGCUUGAGGAGCUUAUACAUGCUGGAAAGAUACUAGGAGUGAAGUUCAUCGCAAAUUUGGGCUCACCGUUAUCACAAGUUAAAGGUCUUCCUGGUUUGUCUAAGGACACUGAAAGCAAGAGUGACAUUUCCACAGAGAUUAUGCCAAUGAUCACAGAGUCCUUCUCCAUUUCUGCAGAGGAAUUCAAUCAAGCAAACAAGCCUGCAGACGAUGAGGAGGACUCAGACAGUGAUGUUGAGUUUGUGUCUCACACAGCCAGUCAGAAAGUGAGCAAUUCUGAGGUCAUUGAUUUGGACAAAUCGGAUUCAGAAAGUGCUCCAUCAAAACAAAAUGUGGAAACAAAUCAUGCAGAUGCAACUCACAGAGAGAAAGCCACAACUCCUGUAAGAAUGUGUGCUGCAGAUCCUCCCAGCAUUGGUUGUCCUAGCCCCACUGUACCAGUCAACAGCCCUCUUCGCAGUCCUGAUAGCAGCUCCAACAACUCCUCUUCCCCUCUCAGAGUCUCCGCAGGAAGUCUUCCCAUAACACCGGUCCGAUCAAGGGGCUUCACCUCUGAGCCAUCAAGUUCCUCUCAGUCCACAGAAAAUAGUGACAGGAUGGGAGUCCAUCAGAAGCACAUCUCUACUUCUACUCAGCAAGGGGAUUUUAAAAUAAGGCUCAUGGAUGUGUCUGAAAUAUCAGCUAUUCAACCCAACAUUCCCACACCAACUACAGCUUCAAAAAAGACGGUGACACUCGAUACAGCCUCAGAAAUUGAUUCUAUUUCGUCAGGCUGUAAAGUGUAUGCCAAUAUUGGAGAAAAUACUUAUGACAUUGUCCCAGAAAAGGAAGAUCCAGGUGAAGGAGGCUCUAAAACCAACAAAGGGAGAAGAUCUUUGAUGGCAACACCCUUGAAGACCUUUGAUGAAGCACCUUUAUCGCCAAAGGCAGGACCAAACAGGAAGAAGGCCAAAACAGAGCUUGAGGAUCACUAUGAGCUGAUCAUGGAUGGAAAGACUUUUUACGUGUGCAUUGUAUGUAAGCGCCCUUAUGUCUGUCUGCCAAGUCUCCGUCGUCACUUCAACACUCAUUCGUGGGAAAAGAAGUACCCGUGCCGCCACUGCAACAAGGUCUUCGCCCUGGCUGAAUACAGAACUAAACAUGAAAUCUUCCACACAGGAGAAAGACGCUACCAGUGCUUGUUGUGCAAUAAAAUGUUCAUAAACUACCAGUUGCUCUCCAGUCACUGCAAGCAAGUCCACAAUCAAGAUCCCAGUGGGCGGAAGGAAAAGGAUGAUGGUGAAAACAACCUGUACCGCCUGCUGCCAUGCAAAACAGUACCGAUGAAGUCCUACUCCUGGGUUACCGAGGAUCCUGGUGUCCCCAUCAUAAACGAAGAUGGCAGCUUGCAUCACAUAACAACAGGGGGCGGACCUGUCCUGUCUUCCAACCAAGGCAAGAUGUUGAACUGGGACGACAUCUUCGCCGACCCUAACACUCACAUGCCACCAGACACUCGUGAGCAUCCAGGCUCAACCAUAAACUCUCCUCCACAGGGACCCACAGAGUUUGAAUUUAUUACACCAGAGAGGUACUGAGAAACAAUUGGUGAUGCUCAUUCCUUGUGCCUUUCAGAGGCUCCUUCCAUCUUUUUCUUAUAGGUUUGUUGUCAUUUUCUGUAUUUCUUGAUGGUUUUAGCGUAAGGUACGGUUUCAUUUGCAUUUCAGUUCAAUUAAAUGUAGUCGUGUACAUUUCUUCAGAUAAGAACAGUCAGGUCAGUUUAGUUAAAACUGUUCAACAAAGCUAAACUGAAAAUCUGAACGCAGAGCAGGAAGUGACUGCUUCAGAUUUCCAGUGCUUUUAAUAGAAGUUUUAGAAAGAUGGAGAAAAUAGUUGUAUGUUGGAAGUGUAAUGCAACCGUAUCUUUGCUUCAGUCAUGUUUCUCUGCUGUUGUAAUAGCCUUGAUUGUAUAAUUAGUAUAAAUUAUUAAGGAUUUAGCAAAAAAAGACCAACACAGAAGUGAAAUCUGAACCAUUUUGGCUCAAAUGAAAUUUAAGAAAUGGUGCACAGAUAAAGGGGUUCUUCAGCACUAAAGAGUUGGAGACAAAAUUUCAUGUAGCAAUCAAAGUCAGCACCAGAAAUAUUCCCACUUUACUUGCUGCGAAGGGUCUCCAGCAUGAACUUCAGGACCAACCUAAGGUUUCAGAUAAAAAUGAAUUAAAAAAUGUUUAAAAAAAAUCAGAGUCAAGGCAGCAUAUCUAAAAUGUGACAUUUGAGUGAAUCUCUUUUGUAUUUAAUAUUUAGGCCAUGUUGCCUGAAACAAACAUGGGCUGUGAGUAACCAACUGAGACUCAGUCCAAAAAAUGGAAACAGGGUUACACAUUCAAGAGCAGAUGACACUGUCUUAAUGGUAACGACAUAUAUAAUCUUGUGGUCUUAAGAAAUAGGAUUUAAAUAUGUUGUUAAAUAAGGAUGUUAAAAUGUUCAGUCAAUUAUGAACAAAAUCCUGUAUCGCGGGUUUUGGGUAUCAGGUGUUCAUUCUGUCAGUAAGUGCUUUUCUGAACUGAUACUUCUUUUAAUCUUAAUUAUGUUCAAAAGACUAUUAUAUGUUCUAAAUAUAUUUUUUACAUUAUGUGCUUGUUGCCACAUCUGAGUCCUAUGUCAGGGAUGGUGUACAGGUAUUAAGUGGCUUGAAAAACACUUGUGGCUUCUUUUCCUAAGUUAAUUAAAAACCUACAGUACAGAAGAUAAAACAAAGUUUGAAUACAGAUUUUCUGGCAGGAAUAACAUCAAUAAGUGUUAGUAGUGUCUACAUGCAGCCUUGCAUUUUGGUCUUUUUUUUUUACUUCAUCCCCCCUUUGUUUGUUUUAUGUCCUGUCAAAUGUGAAAGAUGGAUUAGUGCAAGUGAAAGUAGAAUAUUAACAUUGGAUUCCAGUCUGUCUUGUCACCAAAUUAAAUUAUGAAGGUUUUGUUUUACAAUAAAAAUUUUAACAAUUGUAUGUGAUGGACUGAUAUCCCACAGACACGCCCGUUUUACUUUUUAUAUUGUAGAUAUACUUAUGAAUCUUUACAAGCAAAUGAAAAAGUUUACAUAAAAACAUUCAUUUUGUGUUUGAGGGUUCUGUGGGACCAAAAAACUGUUCAUGUUUUUCCUCUUCUUAGGCUGAAGAUUUCUCUUUUCUGUGCCCAGCUUCCAAACUUUACAUUCUCUCUUUCUUUAAACAGUCAUCUCUUUACAAAAGUACUUGGUGAAAAAGUAUGAACCAAAAAUAACAGACAUAGAUUAAUACAUACAGUACAUUGGCAUUUUCAGUUGUGUUUUUUACUAACUAAAUGUAAUGCAUAUCACCAGGCAUCUUUACAGUGUCUACCAAAUUUAAUAACAAUCCAACAAGCAUAUCAAUCAAGAGCCAAAAAAUAAGAUUGACAGUGUGAAGCUCGGAAAGUUCGCUGAGCUUCAUCCUCAGGAAACCAUGACUGGAGCAUUUACUGCAAACAAACUGCAGGCACAUGGUAACCUUUGGUGAAAUAAGACAUGCUGUGUGAAUUACACAAAACAGUAUUUAAUGGCAAGACAAAAGGAGAAGCUGACACGUUAACAGCUCAAGAAAAUGAGUGGUUGAAAUUAAAAAAAGCAGUGAUUAAAGCCGAGUUUACAUGGACAUAGACAAAGGUUGAAAACCUCCCUCAUUUUCUUUGCUCUGGAGCGAACGGUGGCUCUUUCACAUUUCCAGGUCUGUAACCUCAUAUCAGUGGAUCCAGCACUGACUGUUCACGUUCAGCCUUCGUUCAUCUGAAUUUCCAGCACAGACAACAACAUAGUUCAUCUCUUAGAAGUGGUAAUACUACUUACGACUCAAGAGAUACUGUACAUGUGCAUACCUGCUUUGGAGCUUUCAGUGGAAAUACAAUAAAUAGGGUUGAGUGUUAUUAACUGUACAUCCUCAGCGACUACUGUCGAUACAACAGCUUAUUUCUUGAUUAAUACAGCUCUGCUUGUCACACACUGAGAUGAUAAAUAGAUAUCAUGAUCUGUUUGUAUACCUUAGACCUAACUGUGCUAACUGCAUAUCAUACUGCCAUACAUACAUUAUAAGCAUGUUAUACCUGUAUUAGUACGAGUGUUUCCUUUGCUAAUGCCCUGUGACAUUAUCAGAUGACAAACAACCGACUGGGUUUACAGCUCUAAUGUUUUGAAUUUUCAGGCUAGUUCACUGGUGGGAACGGCACCAAACUUUAAUCUGUAUCUGUCGGCAGUUUGAGGGAGGAGGCAAUCAUAACAUCCACUGACGUGAUACGAAUGUAAAGUUUAAGCUGGAGGAGAGUUUAUAUACAGAAUAAGUCAAGUGACAGAGUGCUGCAGUGUUGGAAGUCCAUAUGCAUUAAGGCAGACAGAUGUGUAAACAGUCCUGACACUGAUCAGGUCGUCUCUCUUUUAUGUGUAUGUGCACACACAUACACGGUGGAGGCCGGGGUGUGAGUGGUGCCCAGGGAACACUCUGCCUUAAGCUUGGCUAUGUCAAUGCGCUCUGUGCCAUCCUCUUUUUCUUCACCGGCUUUUCCUCCACAUAUUUUUUUCUGGAAAAUCGUGAAGAAAAGCCCAGAGGAACUGAGCAAACUGCUCGCUCAGAACCUCACACAGCCUGAUGUGUGCUCAGGCGUUCUUCCCUUGCUGUCGGCCGUCUCAUGGGCUGUACGGUGGGGGCUUCUCGUCGGGGUGGUCGUGAGGAGGGGAGUAGCGAGGAGGGAUCAUCGUGGGCCACAGGUGACUUGCUCCAGACUGGGAAUCAUCAGAUAGGCCUGAGGAGUCAGGGAACAUGUAGGAACCCUGCAGGAAAAGCCAAACGUUAAGAU